AAAAACACUGAAUGCUGUUGCUAAAGUUUUCAACACCAGUUGAAGAGAGGAUAUUUUGCUAUGAGAUUAAACCGACAAACUUAAAAAAAAAUUACAAAUAUGAUAAUUUAUUUACGAAAUUAAGAAAAAAAGUAUGGCACGUGAUGUGGAUUAUCCGUAGGCCUAGGUCUAACGAUCCUAUUGGGAAUACCUUGAUUUGUUGUAGCAUAUCCGAAAGCUGGGUUCAUAAAUAAGCAAGAUCGUGGCCCUGGUGGACCGUGGGUCAUUUUAUUGACGUUUGCCUAGUGCUGUGGUGACCCACAGGGUCAUGCUGAUGGAACAGGACACUCAGUGGCUGUACCACCUCCUGGCCGAGGUCCAGUUGGAGAGGUUUUACCUGCGUGUCCGGGACAGCCUCAACAUCACCCGCGUAGAGCAUUUCGCCUACGUUAAAGAGUCUGACCUCGAACAGAUUGGUAUCAGCAAACCAGGACAGAGAAGAUUAUGGGAGGCUGUGAAAAACUUCAAGAUCAGCGUGAGGCCCAAAUCGUGGAUGGCCAAGGCAAGACCUUUACAUGGGGCUCCCGAGUGGCGCAGUGGUCUCAGGCACUGCGUCUCACCCUGGUUCGAAUCCAGGUUGUAUCACAACCGGCUGUAAUUGGGAGUCCUAUAGGGCAGAGCACAAUUGGCCCAGUGUCGUCUGGGUUUGGCUGGUGUAGGCCGUCAUUGUAAAUAAGAAUUUGAUCUUAACUGACUUGCCUAGUUAAAGAAAGGUUAAACAUCUCUCAAGUCCCUCCAGAAUGCAAUUUACUAUUAUAUACCAUUUGUUACAAGGUAGUGGUGAGUUCUUUGAAAUAAGUACCAGACAUUACUGAUUGACACAACAUAAUAAUUGGAAUGCUCACCUGUCACUCAUGUUGAUCUGUUGGUCCCCCAGGCUAUCAGUGGGUGUGGUCCGGAGGGGGGUGAUCAAUGGGGCAGCGUGGGGUCGGGCCAGGAGA